AUGGCACGUGGACAAGAAGAGAAUGUAGCACUAUGGGGCAAAUCUAGUCAGUCAUCAACUUACGCGGGCUCUGGACCUGAAUUGGCUCUUGAUGGAUCGUUGACCAGCUGGACCCACACUAAUGAUCAGACCAACCCGUGGUGGAGAGUUGAUCUACUGAAAGUAUACAGCGUGAAAAGAGUCACCAUCACUAAUAGACCGAGCCUUGGUUCCAGGAUAAACGGAGCUGUGAUUCGUAUCGGGAACUUUCUUGACAUUUACAGCAACACCAUUGGCACGGCCACAUUCUCAUGCGGUGGGAUGGUGGGACGUUAUAUGGUUGUUCAUAUUCCUGGAAGUCGGAAGACUCUUAGUCUUGUUGAAGCUGGAGUUUACGGGACUUUGGCAG